AUGUCAGACGCCUGGUUCCAAACCAAACUCACCACCGCCGCCGCUGCCGCCGAGGACGACAACGCCGUCAGCGCGCUCCGCAUCUACACCCCUCCCCUCCAACGCCUCUUCACCGGCACCGCCUCCGCCGCCACCACCGCCGACACCCUCAUCGCCAGCAACCUCGACGACCGCGCCGAGCUCCUCUGGCACCUGAUUUACGCCGCCGCCGCCGAGCUACCCGAACACCACGCCGCCCUCGUCAAUCUCCUGCUGGCACUGCAAUCCCGCAACCAACAAACCCAACCCUCCCCCGCCCCCGCCCUCGCAUCCUGGCUCACCCUCUUCGGCCCCACCUGGCGCGCCCGCCUUGACGCGCUGCGGGCCGCCCGCGAAGACGGGUUCGAUCGAGCAGCGCGGUUCGACGCGGAUGGAAAGAAGCUGCCGCGUGAAGGCGACAUGUACGUCAAUUUCCACGCUUUUUCGGCGCGGUUGCUGGGAGCGGGGUUCGCGCCGGACGCCAGGGGCAUGCUGCGCGAUGCGGCGUGGAAGGCGUUGGCGGGGGUGCUGGAGAGGGAGGUGGAGGGGUAUGAUGGCGGGAUUGUGAGGGAGGGGCGGUUUGAGAUUGAAAAGUUGGUGUUGUUUUGGUUGGAUGUUUGGGCGGGGGUGCAAUGGGUGGUUUUUGCGGGGGAGGAGGUGAGGGGUGGGGAGGGGCAGAAAGGGCAGCAGGAGGGGGAGAGUGGGGGUUUGUUGGAGGUGAAUGGGUUGUGGAAAGGUGCGGAAGGGUUUUCGGAGGAGCGGUGGGGAUUUUGGAGGGAGAGGUUGAGGGGGUUCUUGGAGGUGAGGGGGGCGGUGCCGGAGCCCGUCAGGGGUGUUGUGGAGGAGGCGGUGAGGUGCAUGGAGUGA